AUGGCGGCACCAAGGGAACGCCCGACCAAGGCGUCAGAAACCAGAGAACAUCAGAUCAAGGCGUCAGACGCCAGAGAACAUCAGAGCAAGGCGUCAGACGCCAGAGAACAUCAGAGCAAGUCGUCAGACGCCAGAGAACAUCAGAUCAAGGCGUCAGACGCCAGAGAACAUCAGAUCAAGGCGUCAGACGCCAGAGAACAUCAGAUCAAGGCGUCAGACGCCAGAGAACAUCAGAUCAAGGCGUCAGACGCCAGAGAACAUCAGAGCAAGGCGUCAGACGCCAGAGAACAUCAGAGCAAGGCGUCAGAUGCCAGAGAACAUCAGAGCAAGGCGUCAGACGCCAGAGAACAUCAGAUCAAGGCGUCAGACGCCAGAGAACAUCAGAUCAAGGCGUCAGACGCCAGAGAACAUCAGAUCAAGGCGUCAGACGCCAGAGAACAUCAGAUCAAGGCGUCAGACGCCAGAGAACAUCAGAUCAAGGCGUCAGACGGAAGAGAACAUCGGAGCAAGGCGUCAGACGCAAGAGAACAUCAGAUCAAGGCGUCAGACGCCAGAGAACAUCAGAUCAAGGCGUCAGACGCCAGAGAACAUCAGAUCAAGGCGUCAGACGUAAGAGAACAUCGGAGCAAGGCGUCAGACGCCAGAGAACAUCAGAUCAAGGCGUCAGUCGUAAGAGAACAUCGGAGCAAGGCGUCAGACGCCAGAGAACAUCAGAUCAAGGCGUCAGACGUAAGAGAACAUCGGAGCAAGGCGUCAGACGCAAGAGAACAUCAGAUCAAGGCGUCAGACGUAAGAGAACAUCGGAGCAAGGCGUCAGACGCCAGAGAACAUCAGAUCAAGGCGUCAGACGUAAGAGAACAUCGGAGCAAGGCGUCAGAAGCCAGAGUACAUCAGAUCAAGGCGUCAGAAGCCAGAGAACAUCAGAUCAAGGCGUCAGACGCCAGAGAACAUCAGAGCAAGGCGUCAGAAGCCAGAGAACAUCAGAUCAAGGCGUCAGACGCAUCAGAAGGCGUCAGACAUCAGAUCAAGGCGUCAGACGCCAGAGAACAUCAGAUCAAGGCGUCAGACGCCAGAGAACAUCAGAUCAAGGCGUCAGACGCCAGAGAACAUCAGAUCAAGGCGUCAGACGCCAGAGAACAUCAGAUCAAGGCGUCAGACGCCAGACAACAUCAGAUCAAGGCGUCAGAAGCCAGAGAACAUCAGAGCAAGGCGUCAGACGCCAGAGAACAUCAGAGCAAGGCGUCAGAUGCCAGAGAACAUCACAGCAAGGCGUCAGAAGCCAGAGAACAUCAGAUCAAGGCGUCAGACGCCAGAGAACAUCAGAGCAAGGCGUCAGACGCCAGAGAACAUCAGAUCAAGGCGUCAGACGCCAGAGAACAUCAGAUCAAGGCGUCAGACGCCAGAGAACAUCAGAUCAAGGCGUCAGACGCCAGAGAACAUCAGAUCAAGGCGUCAGACGCCAGAGAACAUCAGAUCAAGGCGUCAGACGCCAGAGAACAUCAGAUCAAGGCGUCAGACGCCAGAGAACAUCAGAUCAAGGCGUCAGACGCCAGAGAACAUCAGAUCAAGGCGUCAGACGCCAGAGAACAUCAGAUCAAGGCGUCAGACGCCAGAGUACAUCAGAUCAAGGCGUCAGACGCCAGAGAACAUCAGAUCAAGGCGUCAGACGCCAGAGAACAUCAGAUCAAGGCGUCAGACGCCAGAGAACAUCAGAGCAAGGCGUCAGAAGCCAGAGAACAUCAGAUCAAGGCGUCUGACGCCAGACAACAUCAGAUCAAGGCGUCAGACGCCAGAGAACAUCAGAGCAAGGCGUCAGACGCCAGACAACAUCAGAGCAAGGCGUCAGAUGCCAGAGAACAUCACAGCAAGGCGUCAGACGCCAGAGAACAUCAGAUCAAGGCGUCAGACGCCAGAGAACAUCAGAUCAAGGCGUCAGACGCCAGAGGACAUCAGAUCAAGGCGUCAGACGCCAGAGAACAUCAGAUCAAGGCGUCAGACGCCAGAGAACAUCAGAUCAAGGCGUCAGACGCCAGAGAACAUCAGAGCAAGGCGUCAGACGCCAGAGAACAUCAGAUCAAGGCGUCAGACGCCAGAGAACAUCAGAUCAAGGCGUCAGACGCCAGAGAACGUCAGAUCAAGGCGUCAGACGCCAGAGGACAUCAGAUCAAGGCGUCAGACGCCAGAGAACAUCAGAUCAAGGCGUCAGACGCCAGAGAACAUCAGAUCCAGAGACGCCAGAGGACAUCAGAUCAAGGCGUCAGACGCCAGAGAACAUCAGAUCAAGGCGUCAGACGCCAGAGAACAUCAGAUCAAGGCGUCAGACGCCAGAGAACAUCAGAUCAAGGCGUCAGACGCCAGACAACAUCAGAUCAAGGCGUCAGACGCCAGACAACAUCAGAUCAAGGCGUCAGACGCCAGACAACAUCAGAUCAAGGCGUCAGACGCCAGACAACAUCGGAGCAAGGCGAUCACCAGUCGUGCACUGAACAUUUCCAAGAUCACCAGUCGUACACUGAACAUUUCCAAGAUCACCAGUCGUGCACUGAACAUUUCCAAGAUCACCAGUCGUGCACUGAACAUUUCCAAGAUCACCAGUCGUACACUGAACAUUUCCAAGAUCACCAGUCGUGCACUGAACAUUUCCAGGAUCACCAGUCGUACACUGAACAUUUCCAAGAUCACCAGUCGUGCACUGAACAUUUCCAAGAUCACCAGUCGUACACUGAACAUUUCCAAGAUCACCAGUCGUGCACUGAACAUUUCCAAGAUCACCAGUCGUACACUGAACAUUUCCAGGGUCACCAGUCGUACACUGAACAUUUCCAGGAUCAACAGUCGUGCACUGAACAUUUCCAGGAUCACCAGUCGUACACUGAACAUUUCCAAGAUCACCAGUCGUACACUGAACAUUUCCAAGAUCACCAGUCGUACACUGAACAUUUCCAGGGUCACCAGUCGUACACUGAACAUUUCCAGGGUCACCAGUCGUACACUGAACAUUUCCAGGAUCAACAGUCGUGCACUGAACAUUUCCAGGAUCACCAGUCGUACACUGAACAUUUCCAAGAUCACCAGUCGUACACUGAACAUUUCCAGGGUCACCAGUCGUACACUGAACAUUUCCAGGAUCAACAGUCGUGCACUGAACAUUUCCAGGAUCAACAGUCGUGCACUGAACAUUCCAGGAUCAACAGGAUCAACAAGGAACUGGGAUAUAAGGUCGAGGAAAAGGAAUCUUGCCCAUCCACAUGGACCAUCGAGGAUCGAACGCCGACCCUGGAAGAUACAAGGUCGCAGCUAUACCGUCGCUUAUCUAUGCUAGAGGACACUGGAGGUCUUCUAGCUUGUAACCUUCCCCGCUACCACAGGUUGGUGGCUUGCCUCACUCGUCAUGACGGCUACGGUCUGUUCCUCACUCGUCAUGACGGCUACGGUCUGUUCCUCACUCGUCAUGACGGCUACGGUCUGUUCCUCACUCGUCAUGACGGCUACGGUCUGUUCCUCCCUCGUCAUGACGGCUACAGUCUGUUCCUCACUCGUCAUGACGGCUACAGUCUGUUCCUCACUCGUCAUGACGGCUACGGUCUGUUCCUAACUCGUCAUGACGGCUACAGUCUGUUCCUCACUCGUCAUGACGGCUACGGUCUGUUCCUCACUCGUCAUGACGGCUACGGUCUGUUCCUCACUCGUCAUGACGGCUACAGUCUGUUCCUCACUCGUCAUGACGGCUACGGUCUGUUCCUCACUCGUCAUGACGGCUACAGUCUGUUCCUCACUCGUCAUGACGGCUACGGUCUGUUCCUAACUCGUCAUGACGGCUACAGUCUGUUCCUCACUCGUCAUGACGGCUACGGUCUGUUCCUCACUCGUCAUGACGGCUACAGUCUGUUCCUCACUCGUCAUGACGGCUACGGUCUGUUCCUCACUCGUCAUGACGGCUACAGUCUGUUCCUCACUCGUCAUGACGGCUACCGUCUGUUCCUAACUCGUCAUGACGGCUACGGUCUGUUCCUCACUCGUCAUGACGGCUACGGUCUGCUCCUAACUCGUCAUGACGGCUACCGUCUGUUCCUAACUCGUCAUGACGGCUACGGUCUGUUCCUCACUCGUCAUGACGGCUGCGGUCUGUUCCUCACUCGUCAUGACUGCUGCGGUCUGUUCUUCACUCGUCAUGACUGCUGCGGUCUGUUCCUCACUCGUCAUGACUGCUGCGGUCUGUUCUUCACUCGUCAUGACGGCUACGGUCUGUUCGAAUUUGUUUCUUUGUCAAUAAAUUACCUCAAGAACGUAUCGUUCGCUACGGGCGCUUCAGUUUUGUAG